AACGCGGGAACGCCAGCCCGGGUGGGAGAUUCUUUGCAACCGAGGGCGGCUUCGGGGCUCCCCGGCUGCCGUCUUCUUCGGAGGUGACAGCCAGCCCGCAUGGAAGAGGAAGAGGAACCGAGCACACAGCCGGCCGGCGGCGGCGGGGCCGGGGCUGCCACUGUGGCGGCGUCUCGGUCCGAGUGCGGGGAGGAGCCGCCUUGCCGGAGCCCCGAGAAAAAGCAAAAAUGUAGAUUUGAUGGCCAAGAAAUAAAAGGAUCUAAAUUCAUCACCUCCAAUGCAAGUGAUUUCAGUGACCCAGUUUACAAGGAGAUUGCUAUUACGAAUGGUUGCAUUAAUAGAAUGAGUAAGGAAGAACUCAGAGCUAAACUUUCAGAAUUCAAGCUUGAAACCAGAGGAGUGAAAGAUGUCCUGAAGAAGAGACUGAAAAACUAUUACAAGAAACAGAAGCUGAUGCUGAAGGAGAACGCUUGUGCGGACAGUUAUUAUGACUACAUUUGUAUUAUUGACUUUGAAGCCACUUGUGAAGAGGGCAACCCGCCUGAAUUCAUACAUGAAAUUAUUGAAUUUCCUGUCGUUUUACUGAAUACCCAUACCUUAGAGAUUGAAGACACCUUUCAACAGUAUGUGAGGCCAGAGAUGAACACACAACUUUCAGAUUUCUGCAUCAAUCUAACUGGAAUUACUCAGGAUCAGGUGGACAAAGCUGAUACUUUCCCUCAAGUACUAAAAAAAGUUAUUGACUGGAUGAAAUUGAAGGAAUUGGGAACAAAGUAUAAAUAUUGCAUCUUAACGGAUGGUUCAUGGGAUAUGAGUAAGUUCCUGAAUAUUCAGUGCCAGCUAAGCAGGCUCAAAUAUCCACCUUUUGCCAAAAAAUGGAUCAAUAUUCGGAAGUCAUAUGGAAACUUUUAUAAGGUUCCUAGAAGUCAAACAAAAUUGACAAUAAUGCUUGAGAAACUGGGAAUGAAUUAUGAUGGGCGACCCCACUGUGGCCUCGAUGACUCUAAGAACAUUGCUCGAAUAGCAGUUCGAAUGCUCCAGGAUGGCUGUGAGCUCCGAAUCAAUGAGAAAAUCCAUGCGGGACAGCUAAUGAGUGUGACUUCCUCAUAUCCCAUAGAGGGCACUCCAGCUCCACAAAUGCCCUAUUCUAGAAAAUAGCAGCAGUUUUGUCCCUGGAUUGUUCACAAAGAAGUAGCAAAAGCCUAUUUAUGGAAGUUGUUCAGCAAUGCAGAAUGUCAGCAGCACCUUCUACAUCUAAAUUUUAACUAUGGUUGUAGUUAUACCUGUGAGGGGGUGCAGACUCUGUGGUGAGGGCAUAAUUCUUUGUCACCAGCACUUUUGAUAUGAGCAGUGUUUGUUACCCAAUAACACUUCCUGCUUCU